GGCUGCGGACAGCAGGGUGGCGAGUGCGGCCAGGGUCGCCGCCGGGUCGGGCCGCAGCGACUUGGGAGGCGGAUACCUGCAGGCAGCGUCCCGGCUAAGAGGUGAUCCCCUGAGAAGGAGCGCACCCCACUGCCCCUCGCGUUCCCAGCAGGGCUGCAGUCAUCUGCACCUGCGGACCCCCCAGGUCUCCUUGGGAGAGGCCCCUUCCGCGAUGGCGUCAGCCGGAGACCCCCCUGCGGGCCCCCGGGACGCUGCCGACCAGAACUUCGACUAUAUGUUCAAGCUGCUGCUCAUUGGGAACAGCAGCGUGGGCAAGACGUCCUUCCUGUUCCGCUACGCGGAUGACUCCUUCACCCCCGCCUUUAUCAGCACCGUGGGCAUUGACUUCAAGGUCAAGACUGUCUACCGCCAUGACAAGAGGAUCAAGCUUCAGAUCUGGGACACGGCGGGCCAGGAGCGCUACCGGACCAUCACCACCGCCUACUACCGCGGCGCCAUGGGCUUCCUGCUCAUGUACGACAUUGCCAACCAGGACUCAUUCGCCGCCGUACAGGAUUGGGCCACGCAGAUCAAGACCUACUCGUGGGACAACGCGCAGGUCAUCCUCGUGGGAAACAAGUGCGACCUGGAGGACGAGCGCGUGGUCCCUGCAGAGGAUGGCCGCAGGCUAGCCGACGACCUGGGUUUUGAGUUCUUUGAGGCCAGUGCUAAGGAGAACAUUAACGUGAAGCAGGUCUUCGAGCGCCUGGUUGACAUCAUUUGUGACAAGAUGAACGAGUCUCUGGAGCCCACCUCGAGUCCAGGCAGCAAUGGGAAAGGCCCGGCCCUGGGGGACACCCCAUCUCCCCAGCCCAGCAGCUGCAGCUGUUAGGGAUGACAUCCUGCCACCCCCAUUAACCUCCAUCUGCCUCCUCCUCCUGUCUCAGCUGGGACUAUGACCGAGGCACGAGCCAUGGGGGCUGGCUCCAAGCUCAGAGGACCCCCUUUUCCUGCCCACACCUCCUCUGCCCCCUGCAUGGUUCCCUCCUCUUCCAGAGCCACAAACCCCAGGAGAGCCACGCCUGGGGUCCUAGCUGUGCAUGCACUUGCUGCUUUCCAUGGUGUUCUAGUGGCUGGCAUGGGCUGCGAGUCCCCCUCGCCUGGAGCGGUGUCACCUGUGCCUUCCGCAUCUGCCUGGGCCACGCCUGGCAUCCUGGUGUUUGGAAGCUGCCUGAAGCCAGGCACUGGUGGCUCACACCUGUCAUCCAGCUACUCAGGAAGCUGAGAUCUGAGGAUUGCAGUUCAAGGCCAGCCUGGCAGACUGUGCAACU